CGUACACUAAUAGCCUAUUAGAGGUCGAUCACUCGCGUUGAGCUGUGCGGCCCUCCAGGUCAAACUAAGCAGGCUCUCUCAUUUGUGAUCUCCUGCUGACCGAGAUGGCCGGACGGGGAGCGGUGGCAGCGGCGGAGGACGCCGCCGGCGCCGGCGUGGCGUCAGGCUACAGCAGCGAGAUAACGUUCACCGUGGUGAUGAGCUGCCUCAUGGCGGCCUCCGGGGGCCUCAUUUUCGGCUACGACAUCAGCAUCACAGGUGGACUGACGCAGAUGCAGUCGUUCCUGGAGGCGUUCUUCCCAGAUAUCUGGGCGAAGAUGAACAACGCCGAGCAGGACGCGUACUGCAUCUUCGACAGCCAGGUGCUCACCACCUUCGUCUCCUCGCUCUACCUCGCCGGCGUGUUCGCCUGCCUGAUCGCCGGCCACGUCACCAGGAAGGUGGGCCGGAGGAACUCCAUGCUCAUCGGCGCAUCGCUCUUCUUCGUCGGCGCCAUCCUCAACUGCGCUGCGGUCAACAUCGCCAUGCUCGUCGUCGGCCGCGUCCUCCUCGGCUUCGCCGUCGGCUUCACCAACCAGUCAGCGCCGGUGUACUUGGCGGAGAUCGCUCCGGCGCGGUGGCGCGGGGCGUUCACGAGCAUCUUCCACUUCUUCCUCAACGUGGGGAUGUUCGUGGCCGACCUGGUGAACUACCGCGCCAACACCAUCCCGGUGUGGGGGUGGCGGCUGUCGCUGGGCGUCGCCAUCAUCCCGGCCGCCGUCAUCCUGGUGGGCGCGGCGUUCAUCCCGGACACGCCCAACAGCCUGGUUCUGCGCGGGAAGCUCGAGGAGGCCCGCGCCUCGCUGCGGCGCAUCCGCGGGGACGCCGCGAACGUCGAAGUGGAGCUCAAGGACAUCGUCCGCGCCGCGGAGGAGGACCGGCAGCACCAGUCCGGCGCGUUCCGGCGCAUCGUGCGGCGGGAGUACAGGCCCCACCUGGUGAUGGCGAUCGCCGUGCCGGUGUUCUUCGAGCUGACGGGCAUGAUCGUGGUGACGCUCUUUACGCCGCUCCUCUUCUACACGGUGGGGUUCUCGAGCCAGAAGGCCAUCCUGGGCUCCAUCAUCACCGACGUCGUCAGCCUCGCCUCCAUCGCCGUGGCCGCGCUCACCGUGGACCGGUACGGGCGGCGCACGCUGUUCAUGGUCGGCGGCGGCGUCCUGCUGGUGUGCCUGGUCGGCAUGGCGUGGACGUACGGCGCGCAGCUCGGGAGCGACGGCGGCAAGUCGAUGCCGCGCGGGUACGCGGUGGCGGUGGUGGCGCUGGUCUGCCUCUACGACGCCGGCUUCGGCAUCUCGUGGGGACCUCUCAAGUGGAUCAUCCCCAGCGAGAUCUUCCCGCUGGAGGUGAGGUCGGCGGGGCAGAGCAUGAGCGAGGCCAUCUCGCUCACCCUCACCUUCGUGCAGACGCAGUCCUUCCUCCAGAUGCUCUGCAGCUUCAAGUUCGGCGCCUUCGCCUACAACGCCGCCUGGGUCGUCGUCAUGACGGCGUUCGUCGCCGCCUUCCUGCCGGAGACCAAGGGGGUACCCAUCGAGUCGCUCGGCGCCGUGUGGGCGCAGCACUGGUACUGGAAGCGCUUCGUCAAGCAGCCGGCCCCUGUGGCGCCGGCGCCGCCGCCGCCGCAGCUCAAGAAGACAGACGGGCCAGCAUGAGAGAUAUAUCUCGACGUGCUGUGCUACCUGAUGCUGACGUCGGGCACUGCCGGUGCCGACUUGUUAUCCAUCGCCGUCGGUAGCCAUCAGUCACGGGCAACUGGGCAACUGGGCAACUGGGACGUCGUAGAUGGCAGAAAAAGGUUGAUGUGUUCCGGUAUUCCAUCAAGUGGUGCAACGCGCCACACACAGUGGAGUUAAUUUGACCAUCGAAUGUUAACUUACAACUAAGUUCCAUAUUAUAAAACUUUUAUAUGGACACUAAUAAAUCUAAACAUAUAUACAAACUAUAUAAUUGACAUAAGUCGAAAAUCUUACAUCGCAAAACAUAUAUAGUACUCUGACAAUUCACAAUGUGGAGUAAAAAAA